AGGCAGUUCCCUUGCAUUGCAGGUUGUCUUUUCUUGUUUCACAAGACCGAAAGUCAUUGCAUGCGAUCAGAAGUAGAAAGCUACCAAAUCACGGCCAAGUAAAAAGUAAUUUUACAUCUUCUACAAAAUGGAUGAGGAAUACGAUGUAAUUGUUCUUGGUACAGGUCUUACAGAAUGUAUUUUAAGUGGAAUUAUGUCAAAAAGUGGGAAGAAAGUACUGCAUAUGGACAGAAACAACUAUUAUGGAGCUGAAAGUGCUUCUAUGACCCCUUUACAAGAUUUGUACAAAUUGUUUGGUCAAUCCUUGGAAACUGACGACAAAUAUGGAAGAGGAAGGGACUGGAAUGUAGACUUGAUCCCCAAGUUUAUCAUGGCACAUGGAGAGUUGACAAAGCUUUUGAUACACACUGAUGUCACAAGAUAUUUGGAAUUUAAACAAAUCGAAGGUAGCUAUGUAUACAAAAGAGGGGCUAACGUUUUUAAAGUUCCUGCCAGUGAUAAAGAGGCUCUUGCAACAAGUCUAAUGGGAAUAUUCGAAAAAAGAAGAUUCAGAAACUUUUUAGUUUGGGCUAUGGCAUUAGAGUUUGAUAAUCCUCAAACUUUUAAUGGGGUAGAUCCUGAAAAAACAACCAUGGAGGAGGUUUACAAAAAGUUCAAACUAGAUCAAAAUACAGCUGACUUUACAGGUCAUGCAAUUUGUUUAUUCACUAAUGAUUCCUACUUAAAGGAACCAUGUAAAGAUGCAGUAAAAAGAUUAAAGUUGUAUUAUGAUUCACUGUCAAGUUAUGGAAAAUCCCCAUAUUUGUACCCACUUUAUGGCUUGGGAGAAUUACCACAAGGAUUUGCUCGACUAAGUGCUGUGUAUGGUGGAACAUACAUGUUGGACAAGCCAGUUGAAGAGAUUGUGUAUGAAGAUGGAAAGGUUGUGGGUGUAAAGUCCGGUGGAGAAGUUGCAAAGACAAAAAUGGUUAUUGCUGAUCCAUCAUAUUUUCCUGAUCGUGUAAAGAAGGUUUCACAAGUUGUGCGAGCUAUUUGUCUGUUAAAACACACUGUUGCAAAAGCUGGAAACUCACCAUCCUUCCAAUUGAUUGUGCCUGCAAACCAAGCUGAUAGAAGAUCUGAUAUUUAUGUUGGUGUUUUGGGCAAUCAGAAUCAAGUGGCAUCAAAAGAUUACUACUUAGGGUUUGUUAGUACAACUGUUGAAACAAGUAAUCCAGAAGCUGAGCUUAAACUUGGCCUCGAUUUGUUAGAACCCAUCGAACACAAAUUUGUAACUGUUAAAGAUGUUUUCCAUCCUACAGAUGAUGGAAAAGCUUCUCAGGUGUUUGUAUCAAGAUCUUAUGAUGCUACCAGCCAUUUUGAAACAACUUGUGAAGAUAUUAAAGAUAUUUACCAGCGUGUGUUUGGCGAAAAGUUUGAUUUCGAGAAAGUAAAAUCUACAGAAUUGAAUGAAUGAACUGGAAAGGUUAAUUAUUACAACUAGUGCUUGGAAAAAUAAAACAAUUGAUUGAAAAUUUAACCAUUUGUUCUAAGACAUUUGACCACGUUAAAUAAUAAAUAAAUAAAAUUAUUGUAGUAGCAAAUAUUUUCUGUGAAGGAGGAUUUUUUUAUUUUAAAAUAUUUUCUUAUGUAUGUAUUUAGAGGGGAUUUACGACGAGUACUCCCUGCUAUUAGGCUUGUUUAGAUUCUUUAAGAAAACGAUUUUUUUUCAACCAACUGGUAAAGAUAAAGGCUUAUAUCUUUUUCUACUGAUAAAAUCUCCACGUUAUCUAAGCAGGCAACCCAGUUGUGUUAUCUCUCAAACCAUUUAGUAUAGAUAAUUGUUAUAACGGCGCUUCAUUAUAAUUUCAAAUUGGGAAAUUAUGAAAUUUAGUUGAAAUAUAUUCUGCAUUUCAUCUUUCA